GAAGAUGUGGGCAAAAAGCUGACAUCCUUGCGUGACCUCGGUCUUCUUCCAGUCUGUCGCCAACGACUCUAUAGGAACCCUCCCCCACUAUACCCGACACCACCUCCUGUUAGUCUGCGGUGACGCAAGAUGGGCUUGGGGUCGUGCCCUCUGGUUUUUCCCUCCGGACGUUUUGUUCUGAGCGGUUAGGAACUAUUGAAAGGGGUUUUCCUAGGUUCACCCCUCUUUCACCACCCUGAAGACAGGAAUACCAGCCUGGUUUGGGCCAUUGUAUACUUAAAGCCCAGAAGUACCUCAGAGAAUGACACCACCCAUAGUGGGCUGGGCCCUCCUACAUCAAUUAACAAGAUAACCCUCCACAGACCAAUAAGACCGACCGGUAAACCCGGAUUCCCUCUUGGGCAACUCUAAGCUGGAUCAAGUUGACAGUUAACUCCAACUAAGACAAGUAUAUUCUUAGUGACCAACUAGAACCAUGGACAGCUCAGCGAAAGGAGGUAAAAAGGAUGCUCAAGAUGGGCCGCCAAAAGAUGUGAAGCUGCCAGUCAGCGAAGCACUUCUGGACUAUCAGCGUGAGAUAAAGGAGAAUGCAGUGGAGCGAUUAAUGUUUCAGAUCAAGAAGUUGAGGGACAAGAAUCAGAAGUACCAAGACAGGAAUAGACGCCUGAAAGACGAACAGAAGUGGCACAUAAAUAACCUCCUAAGUGAACUGAGUGAGGAGAAGUCGGAAGGCACCCCAGUGGUGACGAGAGAGGAUGUGGAAGAAGCCAUGAAGGAAAAGUGGCAGUUUGAAAGGGAGCAGGAGAAAAACUUGAAAGAAAUGCGCAUACAAAUAAGUGAUGCUGAGAAACUAUUUCUUGAAAAACUCAGUGAAAAGGAAUAUUGGGAAGAGUACAAGAAUGUAGGGAGUGAACAGCACGCUCAACUCAUUAUUUCCUUACAAAAUGACAUCGAUACUGUCAAAGAGAAUGCAGAGAAAAUGUCAGAACAGUAUAAAAUCACUCUAGAAGAUGCUAGAAAGCGAAUAAUCAGAGAAACACUGAUACAACUGGACCAAAGAAAGGAAUGGGCCACACAGAAUGCUGUAAGGCUCAUCGACAGGAGCAACUACCGAGAGAUCUGGGAGAAUGACUGGCUAAAAAAAGAAAUUUCCAUCCACAGAAAGGAAGUCCAAGAACUGGAAAAAUGUAUUCAACAACUGGAGGAGGAAAAUUUGGUGCUUAUUGACCAGCUGUUUAACUGUAGACUUGUGGAUCUCAAAAUACCUAGGAAACUGUAUCUUACUCAAGCCACUGGGCAGCAGGUGCCAUCUGAAGAUGCUGUGUCUUUGAAGUUGCCAGAGACAGACAAAGUCUCAGAGGAGACUUUGAAACCACCCACUGAAGCAGAGAGUGGAGAGGCAAUGAGCCUUUUACCAGGGAGCAGCCAGGAGGCUAGCAGUUCGGAUGUCCAGUUUGAAAAGACCGAGAAAGAGGACAGCUCCUCCACAGAGAUCAAGGGCUCUGUCAUCCAUUAUUUACUGCAUGAGGAUGAACAGGAUUUCAAGGAAUACGUAAACUUGGGCCCCCUGGCUCUGAAGCUCAUGAGUGUGGAAGGCAAGAAGAUGGCCAUUCAUUUUCAAGAAAAGGAGAGUCCAGUCAAAACAUAUGAAGAUCUCCAGAGCCCUGAUAGCCACAUCACACAUAAGAUGAUGAAGACAUUCCUCUAGCCUGAAAGCUGCAUCAUGGAAACCUCCUUUCCUAAGAAAUUGUUUGUGAAUUAAAGCACUCAAGUUUCUCGCUUUA